CGGUCAACUUUAACGGCUCUAUAGACAUUCAGUUUGCUGACCAUUAACUUUGUUUUCCUGUUGUACUCACUUAUUCUACCUCUGUGGAGUCAAAGCUGGAGUAUCUCAAGUGAUUUUCUAUUCCUGGAGAGACUCGUCCCUCUUAUCUUCUUAUUCCCCCCCAUCUGUCUCUCCUUUCUCCUUUGUGCUCUCUGGAGGAGGAGCUCAGAAAGUCAGUGGUGGUGAUCAGUCUUUUUUGUCACCAAGAAAUCUGAAUGUAGGAAUGAAGAUUCGAAGCUGAAAGGCAACAAAUGACAACGUGUUGAAGAACCUUUUCCCUCAUUCAUUAAACCAACGGAAAGCUCUUUUCUGCAGUGGCGACAGCCCUUUGAUGUUUUGACGCCACCUUCCACAUGGAAACACUCUGAACCAAUUACAUUCUGGCUUGUAGCUAGACAUGGACUGCACCGCGGCUAUUUUGAAAGCAUGUGCCCGUUUAAGGACCAUGUGGUGUCGGCAUGAACGGACUUCAGUGCAUCACCCGUGGAGGUUUCUGGAGAGUUGCCGCUGUGGUCGAGAUGUUAGGGCGGUUGGCACUUUUAGCCAUUCGUCCUCACUCCGGGGCUUGCUGUUUUAUGUAUGCUGCUGUCUAACACAUGAGGAAAACUCGGAUCUGUGUCGGGAUUGGGUCGAUCUUCCCAUCGACGAAACGAGGAGAGACAGGAGAGGGCGAAGAUGUGAGGAAGGUGAAGAAGAGGAGGUGUUAGGACCGCCUCCCUCAGUGGAUGAGGCAGCUGAUGCUCUAAUGACACGACUGGGCUUUUUAUUGGGAGAAAAGAUCAUCAGUGGAGAACCUGGCUCACCGAACCAUCGCCAGGUUGAUGGACAGCAGAGAAUCUCUCCUUCCUCCAGCCUGGCCAGCAGCAGCACCUCCCCCUCCUCCACCUUACAGCCCCCUGCUGGAGUUGAGGGUAACAACAACAACAAGCACACUUCAUCCAUCCAAGCCUCUGUCACCUCCCCCUCAUCAACACUGGAGAGUAGAGAUAGCGGCAUCAUAGGUAUGGAGGGUGCUGUAGCCACAUUGACCAGCUAUUCUGUUGAAUCAGCACCAGAGCAUGAUGACAACGCCAAGCAGCCCAGCGACGGUUACCAAGGCAGCAGCCUCAAACUCUGGGGGCACGAGGGAUGGCCUGUGGUGACACCAACCUCCUCUUCCUGUAUGGUUGCGACAGGAAGCUUGAACGAUGACUUCCCGUACAGGGCAGAGGACAGCAUGGCCUCCACAUACAGCCUCAACAAACUCCACCCAGAAUGGGGACAAGACUCAAAUCGCUUGUCUGGAUCCACCCAUUCCAUCCCGCUCUACCUUACGCCCCGCCCCAAUUCGGUUGCUGCCACAAGUUCCGCUCACCUUGAAGACCUGGCCUACCUGGAUGAACAGCAAAGGCCCGCACCUUCCAGGUCGUCCCUCAGAAUGCCCAGACAGAAUUCCGGAAAUCGAGGUCAACAAGAGCCGAGAGUUCAGUUCACGCCAUAUCUCAAACUGAAGCCCCUUCACUUUGAAAUUCCUGGACUGUUGUCUGAUUGGCGAUUCACCGGAAGGGAGUGGCUCUUCAAGGAAGUGGACACCUGUCUGCGCAGCGAUGACCCUUCCAUCAACCGAGGGGUGGUAAUUGUUGGAAACAUGGGCUAUGGCAAGACUGCCAUCAUCGCCCGCUUGGUGGCCCUUAGUUGUCAUGGAAACCGCAUGUGGCCAACAUCCGCUCAGACACUGCCAAAAAAUGCUGAAUCUUUCCACCAUGAUUCGCUGGGAAGACGGGGAGGAGAUGAAGGAGGAGGAAGCUGUCCAGGGACUCCUGAGAUUAGGAGGAGACAGCAGGAGGCGCUGCAGAGGCUCGCAGGACAGGUAGUUUCCUACCACUUCUGUCAGGCUGAUAACUGCCACACGUGUCUGGUUCCGGAGUUUGUCCACACCAUGGCGGCAAGGCUAACUGAGGCCCCACAGCUGUCAGCAUAUCGAGAGCUGCUGCAUCGAUCACAGCAGCUUCAGAGCUCACUCAGUCUGCGAUCCUGCAUCCAAGACCCAAGCUCAGCCCUCCAGAAAGGAAUUCUAGAACCACUGGAUGCUCUCUACAAGGAGAAGACACUGCAUGUGGAGGGAACGGGGAUCAUUUUACUGAUUGAUGGGUUAAACGAGGCCGAGUUCCAUCGGCCGGACUAUGGUGACACACUGACGUCCUUCUUGUCACGAAACAUACACAAAUUUCCUCCAUGGUUAAAGGUCAUUGCCACUGUCAGAACCAGUCAGCAGGACAUCACUCGGUCUUUACCUUUUUACCGCAUCUCUUUAGACCGGAUGGAGGAAAACAGUGCCAUAGAGCAAGACCUGCAGGGUUACCUGAUGCAACGAAUCCACAGCAGCCCUGAGAUUCAGAGCAAUGUGUCCUUAAGCAAUGGUCGCCUCGACAACAUGGCAUUGGCCAAGUUGACAAGUCACCUAAAGACCUUAAGCAAAGGCUCUUACCUCUACCUGAAACUAACCAUGGACUUGAUUGAGGGAGGAUACCUGGUCCUCAAGAGCUCCAGCUUUAAGGUGGUCCCUGUAAGCCUCGCCGAGGUCUACCUGCUGCAACUGAACAUGCGCUUUCCCACACAGUCAUCAUUUUUGCGAGUUCUACCACUGCUCAAUGUAACUGUAGCAUCGCUGCACCCACUGACUGACCAACAGCUCUUUGAGGUGGUGAAUGCCGGCACACUUACAGGAGGGGCAAUUCAAUGGGCUGAGUUUCUGCAGCGUCUGGAGCAGCUGUCUCCUUUCCUGCUGCAACGGACUGAUGGGAGUCGGAUGCUCAACCACACCUCCUUCAGGGAAUGGCUGGUAUGGAGGGAGGAGGGGCAGGACGACAGGUUUCUGUGCGACCCAAGGAGCGGUCACACUCUCCUGGCCUUCUGGCUCUGCAGACAGAGAGGAAAGUUGAAUUGGCAGCAGACACUUGAACUGGGACAUCACAUCUUGAAGGCUCAUAUCUACAAGGGCUUAAGCAAGAAGCUUGGGGUUUCGUCCUCGAUUCUGCAGGGCCUUUGGCUGUCCUACAGCACGGAGAGCUUGAAUGACGCACUGUCAUCAUUGCGAAACCUUUACACCCCAAACAUCAAGGUUAGCAGAUUGCUGAUUAUGAGCGGGGCUGAUGUGGAUUAUCGCAGUGGUGUUCUGAACAACGCUCCUCUGCUGUGUGUCCACGCUCACUUGGGCCACGGUGAUGCCGUGGCCCUUUUACUUGACCACGGAGCUCAGGUGGAUGCACAGUCACAAGAUGGUUUGACUGCACUGGGAUUUGCUGCUUCAGCUGGACAUCUGGAUGUUAUCACCCUGCUGAGUCAGCACAGAGCCAAGGUGGGUCACGUGGACAGCUCAGGCCGGUGUGUGUUGGUGCAUGCAGCUCAGCGGGGCCACCUCCAGGUGCUACGCUUCCUGCUGAAGCUCGCUGACUGGAGCUGCACUUCCUGCUGUGGCCACAGGGGGGUGAGCAGGAGCCAGGCGGUGCAGCAGGCAUUGACCGCAGCAGCCAGCAUGGGCCAUUCAGAGAUUGUGUCUCAUCUCCUGGAUCCUCCAGAUGAAGACAAUAAAGAGGAGGAAAGACCAGAAAUCAACACCCUCGACAGUCUGUGGGGAGAAACAGCCUUGACGGCAGCAGCAGGAGGUGGCAGGUUGUCAGUCUGCACCCGGCUGUUGGAUCAAGGUGCUGCUCUGCAGCAAAGCAGCAGACGGGGGGUCGUGCCACUCUUUUGCGCAGUCCGGGGAGGCCACUGGCAGGUGGUGGAGCUGUUAUUGAAUCAUGGAGCGGAGGUCAACAUGAUGGACCAGCAGGGUCGGACCGCCUUGAUGACAGCUGCAUCAGAGGGUCACAUGGCCACAGCCAAAUUGCUGCUGGAUCAUGGGGCCUCUCUGGAUCAGGCUGACAGGGAAGGUUUAACAGCGCUGAGUUGGGCCUGUCUGAAAGGUCAGCUCCAAUUGGUCAGAGAGCUGGUGGAGAGAGGCGCAACCACAACACACACUGACCGCAGUGGGCGCACACCGUUGGAUCUGGCUGCCUUCCGUGGCGACCCCGAAGUGGUGCAGCACCUGGUGGAUCAUGGAGCGUCCGUGGAACACACAGAUUCCAGUGGCAUGCGUCCACUGGACCGAGCAGUCGGUUGCAGAAACACUUCAGCAGUUAUUGCUCUGCUCAAAAAGGGAGCUAAGAUAGGACCAGCAACCUGGGCUAUGGCUACGUCUAAACCAGACAUUUUAAUGGUGCUCAUUAGUAAACUGGUUCAAGAGGGGGACAAACUAUACAAGCAAGGCAAAGUGAGGGAAGCUGCUCAUUCCUAUCAGUCAGCGCUACAGAAGUUUCCAGGGGACGAGAUGAAGACCUUCAGACAGCUGAGAGUGUGUGUGCUCCUUAACCUGUCACGUUGUCGCCGCAAGAUGAAUGAUUUCAGCCUCGCUGAGGAGUUUGCCACCAAGGCUCUCGAACUGAAAGCCAAAUCGUACGAGGCCUUCUAUGCCCGAGCUCGAGCCAAACGCAGUCGCAGGCAGUUUCAUGCGGCCCUUGAAGAUCUGUUGGAAGCCAGCCGCCUGUGUCCCUCCAACCGAGAGAUUCAACGCCUGCUCUCUCGGGUCAAGGAAGAGUGUCGACAACAAGAUUCUUCCACUCCCUCAACACAACAUGUUUGUCAAAAAAACUUCUCCAUCCACGAUGCCAGGGGCAGAGAUCCUGAUUAUCUGCAGGUGCAUCCCAAUGAGGAGACUACUAAGGAGGAAGACAAUGAAGAGGACAGGAAUCGGUGGAAAGGGAAUGUUUCUGCUCCCAUGAUUCAAAGUCUUAACAUUUAUGGUUGUCCAGGAGUGCAGCUACCUUCCUCCCUCUCCCCAACACAUUUGUAUCAUGCCCAAUCCAGUCCGACCCAUUCCCCCUCUCACUCUGGACCUCCACCCCCGCCCUCCUCCUCCUACCACCGCUUCAGCCCUCCAACUUCUCCACGGCAGCAUCAGCAGCCAACCAGCCCAGUGUUGGAACGCCAGUCCAGUCUGCAACAUGCGCAAAUGGUGUUAUCUGCUCACCACCCAGACCAGAACCAGGGAGUACAACAGUAUCACCAUCAGGCAAAUCCAAGAUCGUUUCAGAACCCUGUUCAGACCCAGUGGCUCCAGCAAGCGAAAGUCCAGUUGGUCAGAACGAGUCCACCCAGUUCAGCGAUUCAUUCCAGCGUGGUUUUGGGGAGUUCAGGCUAUUCUCAGUUUGCCCAGCUGCCACAAGAACUUGCUGAACUGGGGGAUGGUAUUUGCCCAAGCCCCUUUGAUAUGCAACAGAGUCAGCAGGGCCAUGCAGGCCUGGGCUCUGGAGCUUCAUAUAAACAAGACAAUGUGGAUGUUGACCUGGUUUGCCAGCCAAGACCUGCACCUGUGUAUGGGAGAGGAGGGGACAGGGUAGGGAUAAGUCAUUUUGGACAGGGCCGUCAGUUUAGCCGCAACCAAUCCAAAGCCGCCUAUUACCCCAUGGAAGUAACUGAAGUCCCAAAAGGCCCACAAGAUGAACACCAGUACCUCCACCAGGGGGGACUACGACGCCCACUUAGUGCGCACCCAACCUCUCCUGCCUUUCCCCCGAGACCUGCCCACCACUCCCAGAGCCCCAGUGUUCGUUUCUCCACAAGCAGCGGCAGCCUCGCUAGCGGGCAGCAGGCUAAUCGAGGCGCAGCUUUCAGGUCCUCAGCCUCCACCCAGUACAUGGACUUACCUUCUCACCCUUCUACAGGAGAGGUGAUUGGCCAUCGUGACGAUCUCGUACUGAUCUCCUCUACACAGGCAGACGCUUGUCUGGUCGGGGGGGGCACUUAUCCCGGAGAGGCCAGUCGUUCAAGGAACAUUCCUUACAUGGGUCUUAAUGAUAAGUUUGUGAGGGCACAGCAACAAGGUCCUCCUACUUCCUCAUCUAUCCUCAGCCCCUCUCGAUCCUGGGCCGUGUCUUCGGUGGACACCAUCGUCACGUCACCUGUUAAAAACCCCACCAAACAGGUUGAGUUGAACCAAUCCCAACCGCCCUUCUCUAUCGCCUACCACAACCGCAGCAACAACAACGGCCAUUAUGACAACCAGCCGCCCUACUACGACAUGAUACCAAGCCACAAUCCCCAGGGUCAAAACCCUGUUCAGGUUGGUGGUCAGAAGUUCCCUUACCUUGACGUGAAGCUCGCUCGAACACUGCCAGUGAACAGAAAGGCAUGUCCGACCUCUCCUGUUAAAGCCAAAAGACCCUUUGUCGAGUCAAAUGUAUAAAGAAAUGGAAAAACAAGCAUGAAAAAAAGGGGAAAAACCUUGAAACCGAAUUUGUGUAACGUGUGUGUCGAACUCAGGGUGUACACGCACUAGGCCGUACGCAACACAUAAAAUCCGGCGAGUGUGAGCGCUCUGAUCCAUGCUAAAGUUCGGUACACUUCCUGUCUUGCGGGGCACGAUUGGAAGAGGUGGGCCAGUGCACGGCAUGAUCGGUCACGUGCGUGUGCGGCGUAGCCAAGGCAACGGAAUGUGAGGAGUGAUGGCACUGCAACAUUUCAUACUAGAAAUAAAUGGAAAGAUUCAAAAUCAGGGCCGGGGGGCUCGUAUUUUUCUUGGCCCUCUGCAUAUUGGAAAAAUUAAAAUGAGUUUAUUAUUAGUCAGUAUUACACCUACAGUGUAACACACUGAUCUUUUGUUCAGAUAGCUUAGCAUAUAUUGACCUACAUUGGAUUAGUUUUAGCAUUUUUGGGGGAAACAAGUUUGGACACCCCCAGCUCUAAAAUAGUCCACCAGUUGUCAUGAUGUAAUUGCAUUAAUGCAAUCGCUCCUCUUGCCACCUUGCAGAGUAGAAAUGAAUAGAACUCUAUGAAUAAGACUCCAGACAGUAAGAAAAAUUGCAGUAAUACAGCAGUGUAAAAGUAGUGGCUCUAACAAAUGUCAUUAUUUUUUGUUUUGUUUUUUUACCUACAAUUAAAAAAAAUAAUUUAAUGAAAAGUAGUGGUAAGCAGAUAGUCAUGUAUGCAACUAUUGUACAUUUUAUUUAAAAAAGGGUUUGGUCACAAAAACAUUUGCUUGUCAUAUUGUGUAUUGUGUAAGAAGUGAAGAAAAAUUGCAGUUGCCAUGCAAUUUUUUGUUUUGCAUUGAGCAAGAAAGAUCAGCAACUAUGUGUGUUAUGAAUGCAUGAAUGGUUUUAAUGAUGUUCUGCACAUCUUUUCAGAAAGUUACUGUCACUCUCGUGAAGCUCAAAUGCUGUGCUGAGAUGAGUUAAGGGUGUGGAAAGCAUCUAUGUUCAAUAUCAGUCUGAAAGUCGGUAUCAGAGCUGUUAUUUUGAAAGGCUACUUCAAAAUUAAAUGAUAGUCCAUGAGCGACGUAUGGGUGGUGUAAACUAUUUUUUUUUUAACAUACAGCCUUAAAACAUGGGGGGAGCUGGAGCCUGUUCGAGCUCACUUUGGGUGCGAGGUGGGGUGCACCCUGGACUGGCUAACAACCAAUCACAGGACACAUAUAGACACGCAAGCGUUCACACUCAAAUGGACAAUUUGUGUGGGAGGAAGCUGGAGGACCUGGAGAAAACCACUCGCACACGGAGAACAUGCAAACCCAACACAGAAAUGGGCAUUUGAACCCAGAUUUCCUGAGAUGGUUAGGGAUAGGGCUUUAGGUUUUACAAUUAGGGUCAGGAUUAGGGAUAAGAGUCAGGGUUGGCAAUAGGAUUUUAGGUUUUACGGUUAGGGUUAGGGAUAAGAGUUAGGAUUAGGGAUAGGUUUUUACAUGUAAAGGUUAGGUUUAGGAUUAGGGAUAGGGUUGUAGGUUUUGCGGUUAGAGAUAACAGUUUGGAUUAGGGAUAGGGUUUUAGAUUUUAUGGUUAGGGUUAGAAUUAGGGAUAAAAGGGGAUUAGGGAUAGGGUUUUAGAUUCUACGGUUAGGGUUAGGAUUAGGAUUAGGGAUAAGAUUUAGGAUGAUGGGAUAGGGUUUUAGUUUUGACGUUAGGGUUAGGGAUAAGAGUUAGGAUUAGGGAUAGGGUUUUAGGUUGUACAGUUAUGGUUAGGGAUAAGAGUUGGGCUUCAGUAAGAGUUAGGGAUAGGGUUUUAGGUUUUACGGUUAGGGAUAACAGUUUGGAUUAGUGAUAGGGUUUUAGAUUUUAUGGUUAGGGUUAGAAUUAGGGAUACGAGUUAGGAUUAGGGAUAGGGUUUAGGUUCUACGGUUAGGGAUAAUAGUUUGGAUUAGUGAUAGGGUUUUAGAUUUUAUGGUUAGGGUUAGAAUUAGGGAUAAGAGUUAGGAUUAGGGAUAGGGUUUUAGGUUUUACGGUUAUGGAUAAUAGUUAAGGUUAGGGUUUUAGUUUUUACAGUUAGGGUUAGGAUUAGGGAUAAGAGUUAGGAUGAUGGGAUAGGGUUUUAGCUUUGACCGUUAGGGUUAGGGAUAAUAGUUAGGAUUUAGGGAUAGGGAUUUAGGUUUACGGUCAGGAUUAGGGAUAAGAGUUAGGGUUAGCUAGGGUUUUACGGUUAGGGUAAGGGAUAACAGAAUUAGGGAUAGGGUUUUAGAUUCUAUGGUUAGGGUUAGGAUUAAGGAUAAGAGUUGGGGUUAGGGAUAGGGUUUUAGGUUUUACAGUUAGGGUGAAGAUUAGGCAUUAGAAUUAGGGUUAAGGAUAUGCUAUCAGCUAGCUAACAUGGUCACCACAAUUUCAGAAUAUAAAACACUUGGUAUGUGGACAAAAGGUAUCCAUGCUGUGGUUUUCUCCAUGGAGCACCCACCUACUAGCGCCCAGUGUUGCCAACUCCUCCGUAAGGAAAGUACUGUAGCUAUCGGCUGUCUUAAACGUUGCUAGAAGUUGCCAAAUGACGUCUGUCUAAUUUUCAUGAUCGGCCGUAGCCUGCGUUCACAUGGCUCGUUCAACGGGGGUACAGCACACCUAUGCAAGCGCCUUCUCCGAUUUUGGAGCAACAUUUGCAUUAAAAAUGUAACCCAUCUCCAAUAACACUGUCUUUAAUUGCCUUAAGAAUGAUACAUACUUUUACGUCGGGGUCCCCAAUAACACCAGAAAAAGUCUCUAGGUUUGUCGCUAAAGGGGUCUUAGUACUCUCUAAAUACGGAGUCAGUUGCAAAGUUGGCAACACUGCUAGCACUAGCUCACCAACCGUAUUUAGGGCCUGCACGGUCUCGGCCCUCCUGGUACUCAUCUUUGAGUUUGACACCUGUGCCGUAGUCUGAGCAUGCCCUGAAAUCCUGCUGAGAUUUCAAUUGUGAAAGUCAAUAGGAAGUCAACUGUACACGUGUUGUUCAUUCCUCAGAUCGGUCAGCUGUUAACAUGCUACAAACUAACAAAGUAACCAGGAACAAGUACAAUGAGGGAAAGACCAAAGGGCUUACGUUGUUUGAACAAGCACAAGUAGCAAGAAAUGGAAUUCUUUCUUCUGUCCUGCCCUCCCUUGUCGUGUCUGCUUUGCAGUACAUGCAAAUGGGUUUGUACAGUAAAUGGAUGCAGAUGAUGACUCAGCAGUAGCAGCACAAAGCACUUAUCUGCUCCCCAUUGAAACCUGGAGAAACAACUAGAAGAUACCCGCAACCCCAAGCCAUAGCUUUGAGAAACAUGAGCAUCAGCUGACUUACUGUGUGUGUGUGUGGGGGGGUUGUGUUUAAGUUAUGUUUGUCUUAAAAUGUGUACAUUUUGUUCUCUUUUGAACUGUUUUUGUAUUUUGCUUUUACAUGUUUUCACUCUGAAUGACUUAUUUGAAAGGAUACAAAUUAAAGAUGUAAUAUGUAUAUCAUUUUGUAUACAUAUUUCUUACAUCGCUUUGCAGUGAGCCCGCAGUUUAAAAAAAAAGACAACAACAAAAAAAACAUUUUAAAAUGUGUUUUUGUAUAUCAUGUGGAUGCUGUGAUAUGACUAUUAGGACCCCCCCUCAACAAAAUUCAAUUUCAAUCACUUGCUUUUCGAUGGAGGUGUGAGAAUAUUGGGGCUCCUGCUGUAUAAACUACAACUUUAUUCUAAAUGUGCUAAAUUGUUGUAUAAUUUUUUGUAACUUUUAUCGCCGUGGAAGCCAGUGACAGUCAUUUGCUUGUAGCCAACAUCUGAGGCUGAAGAGCACUUAUUGGACUGAUGUUACAGCACAAGUAGCCAUCCGUGAACAUCUCAAAUCUCAAUUAUGAGAGUUUCGUCAUCCGUUUUCUGUGCAGUGACAACGGCGAGGGUGCGUAAACUUUCGCGUGUUUUGUGAACAUGAAUGCGGUUUUUCCACAUGACUUGUCCUGCUUUCUUGUUUCAGCAGCUAGUUUCACUCUGAGUGGAAAAGCUCAGUGAACCGACUACUUGAAUGAGCCAGUUGAGUGGAUGCAAAACAUAAAUAGUGAGUAACAACUCCGCACAGUCGGUUUUAAGUGUUAGGCUGCAUUUUCAGCUCUGUUUUAUGAUCAUUUUUUGGGGGUGUGAGAAACAUUUCAAAUGAAUGACUGCUUGGCUUGACAUUGUCCGAAGGAAUAAAGAGAAAUGAAAGCUGUGUACUCAACGCUCACCUCUUCUGCUCAUGUUUGCUAGAUGAUGAUAUUAAAAUGUUCUAGUCCUCCUGAGACCACAUUGGCGUAUAACUCUAUUAAAAUGAAUGAGGAGCAUCAUUAUACACAGUGGUGUGAAAAAGUGUUUGCACGUUUCCUUAUUUCUUGUUUAUUUGCAUGUUUGUCACACUUAAACGUUUCAGAUCAUCAAACACAUUUAAAUAUUAGUCAAUGACAACACAACUGAACACAAAAUGUAGUUCUUAAAUGAAACUUUUUAUGAAGGAGGAAAAAAAAAAAAUCCAAACCUACAUGGUCCUGUGUGACAAAGUGAUUGCCCCCUAAACCUAAUAACUGGUUGGGCCACCCUUAGCAGCAAAAACUGCAAUCAAGCGUUUACAGCACUGGAGGGAUUUCGGCCCACUCAUCUUUGCAGAAUUGUUAUAAUUCAGCCACGGUGGAGUGUUUUCCAGCAUGAACAGCCGUUUUAAUGUCAUGCCUCAGCAUCUCAGUAGG